AUGAAACCAGGAAAAUCUCCAGGACCAGACAAUAUCCCUCUUGAACUUCUCACUCAUGGAGGCCCUGAACUGAAACAGCAUUUGCUGGACCUCAUCCUCAGGAUCUGGGAUACAAAAACUGCCCCAGAUGAUUUCCGCAAUGCAAACAUUGUUACUAAUUUUAAGAAAAGCGAUAGGGAAAACUGCGGAAACUACAGAGGAAUCUCCCUGCUGAGUAUUGCAAGUAAGAUCUUUGCCCGCAUUCUUCUUAAUCGCCUCUUGAUUGUCGCAGAUGAGGUACUUCCUGAGUCUCAGUGUGGCUUUCGACCCUCCCGUGAGACAACUGAGAUGAUAUUCUGUGCCCGGCAAAUUCAAGAGAAGUGCCAAGAACAACAACAGCCGGUGAUGUUUAUUGUCUGGGAUUUCAAAAAAGCUUUUGACAAAGUUCCCCGUCCUGCAAUGUGGGCAGUUCUUGCUCGUUAUGGAUACCCAGAAUAUUUUAUUAGUUUAAUACGCAUUCUGCAUGAUAGGCAUGGAGGCCAGAGCCUUGAACGUUUCCAACAAGCCAAGCUGAGACAGAUUCUCAACAUACGUUGGGAAGAUCGGGUCAGCAAUACUGAGGUCCUCAAACGCGCUGCCAUACCAAACACUGAAGCAAUAAUCCACCGACACAGACUUAGGUGGCCAGGUCAUGUUUUGCGUAUGGCACCCAAUCGUUUACCCAAGAUCUUUCUGUAUGGAGAAUUGGCUGAAGGAUCUCUAUUAAGGGUCAAAGUGCCCUUUAAAAGACACAUAAAGAAGGCUGUAUGA